AACUCUUAUUUACCCUUUUUCCUCGUGCUUCACCUUCUCUCCCAAAUUUGCGAGAGAAACUUCUACUUCUCGGAUAACUGUGGCGGAAUUUUAAUCGAUUUCUCAAAUCAGCACGAAGCCGAAGAUUUGAAUAAUUAAUCAGCCCGCUUCGUUUCGUCUUUCUGUGUGUUAGGGUUUCGAUUUUCUCCUUUUUUUUUUUUCAUUUUCUCAAAUUGAAGGUUUUUUAGGGUUUUGCUGUUGUAUUAGAUUUAGCUCAAUUUAUGGUUCGAUUUUAUUGUAGUAGUAGUUUGUUUGUUUGAUUUUGAGGUUGAUUGUAUCUUGUAUCCAUAUACUGAGCAUUAACAUAUUUUUUUCUUUGUUUGUUCUUUUAUUUCCUAGUAUUUUUCUCUGCUUAUAUUUAUUCUAUUACUUUGAUCGAAUUCAUCUGCAAAAGCUUAUAUCUGAAAAAAUAAAAGGAAAAAAAAAGUACAAACGAAAUAAAAAAUAAAAAAGGAUUCUGGAAAUAAGCAUAAAAGAGUAGAAAUACUUGAUAGUGAUAAAAUCACAGACUAGGCGAAAAUAGAAAAAAAAAAUAUAUAGAGAGAAAUCAAUAAAGAGUUUGCUUUGUAAAUGGCUAGCUCUGGUGCCGAUAACCGGCAUAAUGGGCACGGGCAACGACUAGGCAUUACCGAGCCGAUUUCAUUCGGUGGACCAACGGAUUACGAUGUGACCAAGACUCAUGAACUUGAAAAGUACUUAGAGAACGUGGGUUUGUAUGAGAGUCAGGAGGAAGCUGUGAGAAGGGAGGAAGUGCUUGGGAGAUUGGACCAGAUUGUGAAAUUCUGGGUGAAAACUAUUAGCAGAGCUAAGGGUUUGAAUGAGCAAUUUGUGCAAGAAGCUAAUGCCAAAAUCUUCACCUUUGGGUCAUACCGCCUUGGGGUGCAUGGUCCAGGUGCUGAUAUAGAUACACUGUGUGUUGGACCUAGACAUGCCACACGGGAGGAAGAUUUCUUUGGAGAACUUCAAAGGAUGCUCUCCGAGAUGCCAGAAGUUACAGAGUUACAUCCAGUGCCCGAUGCUCAUGUCCCAGUGAUGGGAUUCAAGCUUAAUGGAGUGUCCAUAGAUCUUCUUUACGCAAGAUUGUCGCUUUGGGUGAUUCCUGAAGAUUUAGAUAUCUCCCAAGAUUUGAUUUUGCAAAAUGCAGAUGAUCAGACUGUUCGCAGUUUGAAUGGUUGCAGAGUUACUGAUCAAAUUUUGCGUUUGGUACCAAAUAUACAGAAUUUCCGUACAGCACUUAGGUGCAUGAGAUUUUGGGCAAAACGUCGUGGGGUUUAUUCAAAUGUUGCGGGUUUCCUUGGCGGUAUUAAUUGGGCACUACUAGUUGCUCGAAUUUGUCAAUUGUACCCCAACGCUUUGCCCAAUAUGUUGGUCUCUCGGUUCUUCAGGGUUUUUACUCAAUGGAGGUGGCCCAAUCCUGUCUUGCUUUGUGAGAUUGAAGAGGGGUCUCUUGGUCUGCAAGUUUGGGAUCCAAGGAAGAAUCCCAAGGAUAGAUACCACUUGAUGCCUAUAAUAACUCCUGCAUAUCCAUGUAUGAACUCUAGUUAUAAUGUCUCAGCAAGCACUCUGCGCAUUUUGACAGAAGAGUUCCAGAGGGGACAAGAAAUUUGUGCGGCUAUGGAAUCUAACAAGGCCGACUGGGAUACGCUUUUUGAGCCUUUUCCUUUCUUUGAAGCAUAUAAAAACUAUCUACAGAUCGACAUUAACGCCGAAAAUGCUGAUGACUAUCGUAAAUGGAAGGGAUGGGUUGAGUCCCGUCUUCGAACACUUACAUUAAAGAUAGAAAGGAGCACUUAUAACAUGCUUCAGUGCCAUCCUCACCCAGGUGAAUUCGCUGAUAAAUCCAGACCUUUUCGAUGCUGUUAUUUCAUGGGUUUGCAACGUAAAAAGGAAGUUCCUGCUGGUGAAGGCGAACAGUUUGAUAUAAGGAUGACCGUUGAUGAUUUUAAGCAAACUGUUAAUAUGUAUUCUCUAUGGAAACCUGGAAUGGAGAUCCGUGUAAGCCAUGUCAAACGAAGAAGUAUACCUGCUUUUGUAUUUCCUGGGGGUAUUAGACCUCGUCCUGCUAAAUCUUCUGGAGAAAGCAAGAGAUCGUUUGACAUGAAACCGGGUUUGGAUAAGCUAGAUGAUGCGAAGAAGAGAAGGAUAAAUGAUGAUCCAAUGACUAGUGUGGGACUUCCCAGGGGCGCAACAUCGUUGCCUUUAGAUGGGGGAAGUGGUGUCGGUAGUCCUAUCAGCAGUGCAACUUCUUUUGUAAAGGUGGAGAAUCAUCUUGAAAUGGUUGGACAAAUUGAUACAAGGACUGACACAGGUGACUCAGAAGUGUUGCAUACUGCAAAUUAUGGCGAACUUGAUGGACCUGUCCAACAAAUUCCUCCUCUCAGGACCACUUCAGCACCUGCUGCUUCAUCCAAUUCCAAGGAGGAGGAAAAGUUGGCAAUUGAAAAGAUCAUGUCUGGACCAUACGACGCUCACCAAGAUAUAUCUGAGUUGGAUGAGCUGGAUGUUAUGGAAAAUGCUAAUCAAGUUGAACAUUCUGGAGAAGCCACAAAGCUCUUGGAGGAGUCCUUGCCUGUGAAUGCACUGCUGGAAGUUGCAAUUCCUGGUGUUACUGCAGCCACCUCCUGUUCAUUCCCUAAUGGGAGUUUAGAGGAGCUUGAGCCUGCUGAGCUUUCAAUGCCUGCUCCUGUUCGAAUAAGCUCUGCACCUGUACAAAAUAAGCCGCUUAUCAGGCUCAGCUUUACAUCAUUGGGUAAAGCUUCAAGUCAUAGCUCGUGAAAGAACGAUAAUUAGGGUUCAACUUGAACCGAGCUUAGAGUUUAGGGGUGGAUCAAAUUUUGGAAGGCUCCAUAAUUAUUAUAUACCCCAUCUCAAGGAUUAUAAUAUAAUCUGUAUAAGAAUUUUACAUUGUAUAAAUUGUUAAUAAAUCCUGAAUUAGAUCGCUCGUGCCCUCGCCAUCAAUGAGUUUGUAGGGAGCUGAGUGUUGGUGCAUAACAGUUGCACCAACAUUUAUGCAAGGACAUGUUUUCAUAAUCAAAGAGCAUUUUUCAUCUGCUAUAUGUUACCUAUUUUCAUUUCAUGCAACUUUCGAUAAAUUGAUUUGAAGCGCGUAAU